GUUUAGAAAGGAUUUAAAGUUCUGUUCAAAUAGGAACUCAUACUGAAAGUCAUGGACUGCAUCGAUUCAGCUCCAGGCAAUGGCAUAGAUGCAGAUCCUGCAUUAAUAACAAUGGUUGAAGAUCCACUGCCAACUAGUAGCUUAUGUGAUGAUGACACUACACUUGGAAAAGAUGGAAUAGAAGAUUUGUCUAACUUGGACAACCUGGAAAUUUUGAAUUCCUGCAGUGAUAAUGUUUUUUCGAACACAAAUGUAAUGGACUGCCUGUCAGACAUCAAUCCCUCGCCUGAAACUUUUGAUAUUCCAUCCAUGGACAAUGAUGAUUCUGCACUGCCUAUAUAUGGACCAUACUCAGAAUUUGAAUCUCAGAGCUCAUUUGAGUGGGAUGCAAUCGAUCCUCAUGCUGUCCCUGGUGUUUGUGGUCUUCGUAACUUAGGCAACACCUGUUUCAUGAAUGCCGGUCUACAGUGUCUUUUAAACAACAAAAUAUUCAAAAAUUAUUUUCUUGACAGAGAUCUGGAGACAUUUGUGAAAGGAACUUUGUCAUUCAGGUUUGCAGAAAUAAUGAGAAAAGUGUGGGGUGGGACGUUCAGUACUUUGCACCUGGGCGACUUCAAGGAGUGCUUCGGCAACAUGCAUGCUCAGUUCAAAAAUUUCAGACAACAUGACUGUCAAGAGUUUCUGGCACUGUUAUUGGAUACAAUGCAUGAAGAACUGAACACUGCCAACAAAGCCAGUAAACCAGAUCAAUUAACUUCUAUUUUCAAUAAUUGUAAAGACACCGUUUGUGAAACUAUCAAAUCUAAAUAUGAUUGCGAACAAAAAGAAAACCAUUGUGAUAUAACAGACAAAGUAGAAACAGAAACAAAUCAAUUAGCUCCCAUGACGAGCGAAGAGUCAGAUUUAAAUUCCUUGUGUGAUGGCAACAUGCAGAGCGAUACUGCUGCUGCAAACAAUAUCAAAACAAACUCAAACCAUUCUCAAAAGAAAGACUUUGCGGAAGCCGCCAUUUAUGAGCGGAAUACUGAAAAAAUGGCCGAUCUGCUUAUCAACAACAAUAAACUAGAUAAAAUACUGAAUAAGAAUGAAUUGGAUGUUUCUUUGAACUUGGAAAAUGAAAACUUGUGCAAUCAUAAACUGAAAGCUGAAAAGAAAAAUCAUAUACUGCUUUUGAACGACAAAGAUAAAAAACCUGAAAAAAAUGAGCUGGCAGACAAACUGAAUGCUGCUCGAAAGAUCCCUAGCAUCGAGGAUUUUGUGAAAGACACAAAAACUUUGAACACUAAUGUGCUAGUGUCAGAUGAAACGAAUAAUUUAUUUAAAUUUGAUAGUGAGAAAUUCCCCAAGCAUGAAUCGAAUCGCUUGCAGGAAACGGUAGACAACUUAGGCCAGAUCGUAGACUUGGGCAUUAAACAAGGUGGGAUAAAGCGAGUGAAAAUCACAAACAUUAUUCAUGAGAAGCACAAAAUACUCGAAAACGGCGAACAGGCCUCCUCUUGUUCCGCACUCCAUAAGCGAUUGAAAAUUGAAAACAUGGACACUAGUUUAGAUUCUCCUCUCAAUGAACAGGAGGAUACAAGUGAUAUGGAUCAAAUGCCAUGUGAUGAGUGCUCAGAAGGUUCGAGUCAGUCCAGUGAGCUGUAUGCUCUGAAUUCUGAGUGUCGCGUCAUCCUGUUUGCGGAAGAGAUCCGCAGAGCAUAUAACCAUUGGGACCAAUACAAGUUGCUCAAUCAAUCAAUUAUUGUUGAUACUUUUCAUGGACAAUUUAGGAGUUCUGUUGUCUGUUCUCAGUGCUCGCAUAAUUCUAUUACGUAUGAACCUUUUAUGUACUUGCCUAUAUUCCUUCCUCAUGCAUUAGAACGACAAAUAGUGAUUACUUUUGUACAAAACAAUGGAAGUUCCCCUAUGCAGUACCUUGUAAAUAUCAAUAAAUUUGACCAUGUAAAUAAAAUAAGAGAAGCCUUACAGAGACUUCUAGAUGUCACCACAGAAGACAUCAUCAUUGCAGAAGUCUUCGAAAACCACAUUUCAAGAAUUUUGGAUGAAAAUCAGUCCAUUCGCAGGGUGAAUGAUUCUACCAGGUCUAUUUAUGCUUUUGAAGUUGGUAAGAUGUGUGAAAUGAACUCUGAUGCUUCAAAGAGCUCGAAUGCAAUUCCACUAAAUUUUGCCGACACGAAAAAAGAUGUCAUAGCUCUCCCGAGUGGUUGCCAAUUCCAAGAGCCAAAUAUCUUUGAAACUUGGGACUCUUUCGGCAUGAAAACUUCUGGUACUUCUGUAAAUAAGGCUCAAGAUGUGGGUGUGGAUUUAACCGGUAAUUCUUCAUCUAGUUUCAAUUCGGAUCUGACCAAUGUGCAAGGGCCCGUCCAAUGGCAUCCUUGCACAAUUUGCUUAGAAGACCUACCUGAAUAUAAUCUGUCUUGUCAUCCAAACUGUGAAUGCAUCCUUUGCAGUAAUUGCAUCGAAGUUUCUUGCAAGCAUUAUGGAGGAGAUAAAUUUUUAUGUCCUGUUUGUGGUUCAAAUGUUUCAUCUACUGAAGACUUUGUUCCAUUGAGUCAAAUGGGCGAUUACCAAUUCAGAAUAAGCACUAUUCCUAUACCUAUUGUGAUACGCCAUGAUACUUUUGAAGAUGAAACACUGAAGGAAAAACUACUCAUUGGUCAUCCUGGUUUAUUGAAGUUACCUUCAAUUUUGCCUGCUGCCAAAUUGUAUGAACUUGUAGAUAAUGCUAUUCCAUUCCUAUCAACAUACUCUCUCUUGCUUGUUGAUGGACAGGGGAAAAAUUGCUCAAGAUGCUUAUAUAGUGAACACUGCUCUGGUUGUGAAAUAGCUCGUUUGGGUGAAAUAAAAUUGCAACAUGGGGAUAGUAUAGCAGUGAGAUAUAUAGAUCUACCUCCAGAAAGUAUAGCUUCAGCUUCCUUUGUAGCAGAGCAUAAAUCCAUGCAGCAAGCCCGUCACAAAUCCGAUUUGGAUAUUUAUUCUUGUUUAGAAUAUUUUAGCGAGAGGGAAAGUUUGGAUGAAGAUAGUCCUUGGUUCUGUCCAGUAUGCCGUCGUAAUCAACAAGCAACAAAGUCAUUGUCUAUAUGGAAAUUUCCUGAAGUCCUAAUUAUUUAUCUUAAACGAUUUGUCUUUCAUGACUUUGUGAGUAUGAAAGUAGAAGAUAAAGUUUCAUACCCUUUAGAAGGUUUAGAUCUGUCUUCAUUUUCCACUGGACCUUUUUCCGGGGAGUUAAUUUAUGAUUUACAAGCAUGUGUUUGUCAUUUUGGAGGAGUAAGUGCUGGUCACUAUACUUCGUUUUCAAAACAUGCGCUGACGAAUGAAUGGUACUAUUACAAUGAUGAAAAUGUUAAGAAAGAAGCUCCUAAUACCGAGGAAUGCGUCAAUGAAUACAUCCUAUUUUACCAAAGACGGUAAUUUUAAUUGAAAAAACUUUGAAUGGUGGAAUCAUCACUUUGUGGCUGAACUUAAACUGUGGGAUCCGAAAUGAUCACUUACAAGCACGUAAACAAUAUUUUGGACAACUUGCAAUGAUGCAAAAUACUUAUGAUCUGUUUCUUCAUUAUUAUAAGUGUAAUAAAACAGUAUUAUAUUUUAUAUAAAAUAUGUGAUAUUUUUAGAUAUGUCUCUUUAAUUCCCAAUCUCAUGGAAUAUUUAUGUAUUGCUCAGAUAUAAGUCCAUUAAUUUUUUGAAGAAAUCAAAGUAAUUUAAUUCAGUCUUUUUCAUAAUAGUUCUAUUAACUAUAAUUGUUUUAAUUUUUCCCUAUUCAAAUAUUUCCCUUAUUCCAUCCAUUUUAAAAAAUUCCCAUCUUGGCAUUGAAAAUUGUUACAUUUUGUGAUAAGCAUAUUAACCUUUCUGCAUCCUCACAAAAAUAAGAUUGAAUUAUAUGCUUCUAAAAAUAGUUUUUAGGUAAGUGAAUUUGAUGGCAUGUUUGAAUGUUCAAAGCAUCCUUUUAAAAAAUAUCCGUAAUAUGAAACAUGAUUAAUAUAAAUUGUUACUUUAAACAAUAUAGAAAUCUUAAGAUAUUCAAAGGUGAAAAAAAAUAUUCAAAAGCAUAACUUAUACAAAAAAUAAUUGAAUGCUUUACUUUUUCUAAAAAAUAACCUAAAUUAAGGGGGGAGGACGGGGAUCAAGUUAAGUUUUUAUGAAUUUAUCCCUAUAUGAGACUAUCCACAUAUAAGACAGGGAAAAAGUGACAUGUCCUGUAUUCAAAACCUUUUUUUUAAAUGUUGUUCUGUUUUUCUUUUUAACCUAUUUUUACUGGAUCAUUUUGGUGUAAAUGGAUAAAACAGCAGUUGAUAAAUUAUGAAAGAACUCAGCACCUCAAGUCUAGCAAUCCAAUACAUACCUUACUUUGAUAGAAAAAAAAACUUAUGUUCAAUAAGAGAAUAUUUUAUAACAAAAAUUUCUAUUUUGUGGUAAUAUAAAAUUUUUCGUUUUGAAAUGAAUUUAAAAUAAAUACUUAAUUUUUUUCACUCAAAAUGCAAAACUGAAGUAUAUUACUGUUUCUAAUGAAUAGCAUUUAUUCCUUUUUGAAUGGUCAUUUCAACCACAGAAUAGUGCACUCUAAGAAAAUCUGAGCUUCAACUCAUUGAUAACCAUUCUCAGAAACGAAAAUACUGCCAUGUACAAAUGCAUAAUUUGUCAACUAAAGACCGAGUUAUAGAGAGUGUACUUUUAUUUCCAACCAAACAAUUGCUGUAAUUUAUUGUAACAAAUACUUUUUGAAUUUUGGAAUAAAAAUUGUUUUUAUGAA